CUUUGCGAUAACCUGAUUGCUGUUCGUACUUCUCUUCAUACUGCAACGUUGGAGAAAAAUCAGCAAAUGUUCGUUCCAGCCUGGCUUCAGAGACACUCUUAGCGAAUGAAGACACUGUGAAACGGAAUAAAACGCUUAACAUUUCUCUGUCUUAUGAGCAAUAUGACUAGCAGUGACGACAGGUGUGUCGACCGUGAGGUCUCGUCACAAUAUGGCAAAAUGUCCGCUGAUUUGGAAGUACAAACUUCAAAAUAUUCAGGUGUGAAACCUUUCCAGUGUGGAAUGUGUUUGAAGUGUUUCUCGUGCAAAUAUCACAUUAAGCAGCAUAUGAGGAUCCACUCUGGUGAAAAACCUUAUCAGUGUGAGGUGUGCAAAAAGUGUUUUCGUGAAUUUUCUCUUUUGAAACGGCAUAUGUUGAUUCACAGUGGAGUUAAGAAUUUCAAAUGUGAGGUGUGUGUCAAACGUUUCUUAAGCAGUUCCAUCUUGAAAAGACAUAUGCUUAUUCACACUGGAGUUAAGCCUUUUAAAUGUGAGGUCUGUGCAAAGUGUUACUGUGACUCUUCCAGUUUAAAAAAACAUACACUAAUUCACACUGGUCUUAAUCAUUUUAAUUGUGAAGUGUGUGCAAAAUGCUUUUACCACAGCUCUGCUCUGAAAAGACAUAUGUUGGUUCACUGUGGCGUUAAGCCUUUUAAGUGUGAGGUGUGUGCAAAAUGUUUCUAUGACCGAUCUGGUUUGAAGCAGCAUAUGGUGACUCACACUGGUGUCAAGUCUUUUUGUUGUGACGUCUGUGAAAAAUCCUUCGCACAGAGGUCACACUUGAAAAAUCAUAUGUUGAUUCACACUGGUGCUAAGUCUUUCAAAUGUGAGGUUUGUGAAAAAUCCUUCACACAGAGUUCGCACUUGAAACAUCAUAUGUUGAUUCAUACUGGUGCCAAGUCUUUUAAAUGUGAGGUUUGUGAAAAUUCUUUCUCACGGAGUUCGCACUUGAAACAUCAUAUGUUGAUUCAUACUGGUGCCAAGUCUUUCAAAUGUGAGGUUUGUGAGCAAUUUUACUUUAAAAAGUCGCAUUUGACACGGCAUAUGUUGAUUCACACUAGUGCCAAGUCUUUCAAAUGUGAGGUUUGUGAGCAAUUUUACUUUAAAAAGUCGCAUUUGACACGGCAUAUGUUGAUUCACACUAGUGCCAAGUCUUUCAGAUGUGAGGUUUGUGAAAACUUUUACUUUAAAAAGUCGCAUUUGACACGGCAUAUGUUGACUCACACUGGUGCUUAACCUUUCAACAGACCUAGACUUGACAAACAUUGAGGGGCAUUUAUUAAUUGCUCCUAUUACUUUGACCUGGUGAGAAAAGUGUGUGGGGCCUCCAUUGUUUCAGUAGAACUCUCCCAGUCUAUCAGAAUGCUUCUUAUGAGCCUUGAUCUGGAGAGAAAAUGCGUGUAUACUUCAUGUGAUUACAGGUGAUGGAUAAACUUCUGUUUUAUCAUAGAUAAACAUCUGUUUUAGCAUUUCAUUAUUAACUAUUGAAUAAAAGAGUUUGAAAAA